AUGAUUUCAAAUAAUAAUCAAGAUUUAAAUUAUUUACAAGAUAAAGCUUCUUUUCAGAAUUAUUAUCAAAGUAAUAAUAAAGUCGCCUUAUUUCAAUCGAAAUUAGGAAGACUUAAUCAAUCACCACAAAAAACCAAUCAUAUAGAAAAUAAUAAUAAUAAUAUUAAUAUUAAUAUUAAUAAUAAUAGUAAUAAUAAAAAUACAAAUAUAACGAAUAAUGCUAGUAGUAGUAAUAAUAAAUAUUUUCAACAUCAAGAUGAAUUUAAUUUAAAUGUAGAUAUAAAAUGUUUAAAACAUAAUCAAUUAGACUUAACAUCAGUUUGUGAAGAUUGUCUUAGUGGAGUAUGCCCAAUUUGUAUAGAUGAAAACCACGCCGGCCACAAGAUAUCAGAGAUCAAUAAAAUGAAUGGUCAAUAUAUAGUAGAAAGUUUUAAAGCCAAUCAACUCCCAAAUAUAAUGGCAUACAGAGAGAGUGAUAAAGUGGUAUCGAAUGCAGUCGAUCAUUGCUUUGGUUUAGUUGAAUCACGCCAUCAAGAGAAUCUAAUUAAAAUUCAUCAAAAGUUUAAACAAUUACAUCAAGUCCUUUUGGAUUUAGAAUCAAACGUUUCAAUGAUACUGGAGUCCAACCAUGCGGACAACGAAGAGUUAUAUACAAAAAUUAAAAAUCAACUACAACAAGAUUCCGACCUUAUAGAUGCUGUAAUAAGUAGACAUAACCAUUGUUUAGAAAAUUAUGAUAUAUUCGAUAUGUACGAUCAACAAAAAGAAAAACAAUUACUUUCAAUAAUAAAAGAUACUGAAAUUUGUAAUCAAUUAGUUGAAAAGAAAAAAUCAAAUCGUUUUCAACCUUUCUCUGAUAAUACAAUUCAUUUUGAUCAAGAUUUAGAAGAUGUUUUCACUGAAUCAAUUGGUAAUUUUUAUAAUAUUGAAUCAAAAGAAUUUAAAGAUAAAGAUAAUCAAUAUUUAUUAAUUAAUAAAUUAGCAAAAUGUGGUAAUUUUAAUUAUUAUGUUACACAUGGUGAACCAAUUCCAAGUGAUAUUUCAUCAUUAGGUUUAUCAAAUAAAAUAAAGUUUAAUGAAUUAAGAAUACCGGAAACAAUUAAAGAGAUUCACUUUUUAAAUGGAUUUAAUCAUCAAUUUGAAAGUCAUGUUUUACCAAAAGGAAUUCAAAAAUUAUUUUUCUAUGAUAUUGCACAACCAUUAAAGACUAAUAGUAUACCAUCGACAGUCAAAGAAGUUCAUUUUUGUAGUGGAUUCUCUCAUACUAUUGCGCCAAAUGUUAUACCAAGUACCGUUAGCAAAGUUGUAUUGUACGAUAUUAAACAACCAUUACAACCUGGAAGUAUUGCCAAUGGUGUGACAGAAUUACAUUUAAAUAAUGGUUUCAAUCAAUUUAUUCUACCAAAUAUAAUACCAGACUCAAUUGAGAAACUAUACCUCUAUGAAAUUAAACAACCAUUACUCUCUGGUUGUAUUCCUAGUACUUUGCGUGAACUUUAUUUAAGAAGUGGUUUCAAUCAUCCAAUCACUCCAAGUAUCAUACCUCAUUCUCUUAAACUUUUGUAUAUUGGCGACGUAAAACAACAACUAAAUCAAGGUUCUAUCCCAUUUGGUAUUAAAGAAAUUCAUUUCGGUAAUGGUUUCGAUCAACCUAUAACCUCUGAUAUCAUACCCUCCUCUGUUGAAUCUUUAUUCUUUUAUAAUAUUAAAUAUCCUCUAAGUCCUUAUUCAAUUCCAAACACUGUCAAAGAAUUACAAUUAGGAAAUGGUUUCUCUCAUAUAAUUCAUCCAAAGACUAUUCCAUCAAAUGUUUCACGUUUAAUAAUAUAUAGCUUUAAACCACCUAUUACCAAAGGUAGUGUCCCUUCAACUGUAAAAGAAAUGUAUCUAUUUAAAGGUGUUAAUAAUCAAAUUCAACCUGGUAUAAUACCUGAUUCAAUUAAAAUAUUAAAUAUUUAA